UUGGACUUUCUGACUGUCCUUCAGCUGAACUGUGAGAUACAACAUAACAUGCAGCCUGCUGGAAAAGCUCUGAAGGAAGCUCUGCUGUGUGCUCAGAGCGAGGAGAGACUCACUGUUGGAGUCUAUGAGAGUGCCAAAAUUAUGACUGAAGACCCGGACAGCGUGUCUUUCUGUGUCCUGGCCAUGGAUGAGGAGUUCGAGUGUGACAUCGCCCUCCAGAUCCACUUUACCCUCAUCCAGUCCUUCUGCUUCGACAACGACAUCAGCAUAGUCAGAGUGAGCGACGUGCAGCGCCUGGUUGAGAUUGUUGGAGGCAAGGCGGAGCAGUUUGAAGAUGCGCACUGCGUCCUCAUCACGAACCCAUCUGACGGGUCUUGGGAGGACCCUGCUCUGGAGAAGCUGCACCUGUUCUGUGAGGAGAGCCGGCGUCUGAACGACUGGGUUCCCGAGAUCAGCCUCCCCGAGCGCUGAUCUGGGACCUGGCUGCUCACUUGCUCAGAUGCUGCAAAGCUUCUUGUCUGGAAAUACUCAUCCUGAUGGACAGGAUGACCCUGUUUCUGCUCAUCCCUGGAUACUCCUGAGGAGGCUUCCCGUCCAGGCAGCACGGCGCCGGCCCGAGGGGCCCCCGUGAACCGUCGCCUCUUGUCCCGUCCAUGCCAAGAUGACUCUCAUUCUUUAUGUGAAUGAGGUCGGGCAUGCCACAAGAGCGACACAUCGACCCUCAUUCUUUGUGCGGAUGAGGUUUGGAGAGGAAGGAGAAGCGAGUUCUGCGUCCUGUGGCCCCACAGAGCAAAUGUCGCACGUUGAAGCACGCGCAGCAGGAGAAGAAGCGGUGCUGAGAGAGAGGCCUUCUUAAAAAGGGACUUUUUAAUGACGUCCUCUCUGCUGAGCAACAUCACAUCAGUUGCAGUCAGCGGAAAUGUUUCCCACUUUCCAGAAUUGUCUUAAUUCUCUAAAGGUUUCACUUUAGAAAUUUAACAAUGACAAAAUAUUCUUUAAAAAUAUUUAGAAAAAAAAAUUAAAAAGGUUGAAAUGAAGAAAAAAUAUUGAUCUGACUUUAUAUCUU